GGAAGACAUAGGUAUAGGUCUCGAUCUCGUUCAAGGGAUAGAUAUGACAAUACAUCGCCAUCUCGAUCUCGAUCACGUUCCGAAAGUAAACGACGGAGCGGCUUUGACAUGAGAACUCCUUCAGUAGAUGGUGUUGCUCCAGAAGGCAAUGUUGGGCUACUUGUCCCACUGUGCUGCCAAUGGGUGUGUGCUGUGACUACUGUAGCUUUUUAUGCACAACAAGGAAUUGGUACACUGGUCUGAUGGAUCUUGUUCGUCCUCAACUGGCAACUGUUGCCUUUUUUUGGUAGUCUUAUACUUACAAAUGAUGCAUCCUUUUCUUCUCUUUAAACCUUACUAUGAGAGGGUGCGACAUGGUUACAAAUCAAUGAGGAAAAUUACGCUGAGGUUCUUGCGUCGCGUAAUCCAACAGUAUAACCGGAAUCUAAGAAUAUAGGGUAAUGGCAUGAUCUAUGAGUUUCCAUACGUCAAUUUAACUUAAUUAGCUACUGCAGGUGGGCCUCCUCCAAGUAUUCCUAACUCGUUUCCAAACAUGAUGCCCCCACCGCCUGGAAUGGUAUGUCGUUCAUAAGUUUCUUCUUGCAUAGCAAAGGUUUAGAUUCAUUAAAAUUUGGUUGCGCGAAUGGAAUUUUGUGUUCAAUUACAGCUUGAAACCCUCCACAUGAUGCCAACUCAGGCUAUGACAGAACAGGAUACACGACAUGCUAGGAGGGUCUAUGUUGGUGGCCUUUCUUCCAUGGCUAAUGAGCAGUCGGUGGCAACCUUUUUCAGUCAGGUUAUGGAGGCUGUUGGUGGAAACACUGCCGGUCCAGGAGAAGCUGUUGUUAAUGUAUACAUUAACCAUGAGAAGAAGUUUGCUUUUGUGGAGAUGAGGUCUGUUGAGGAGGCCAGUAACGCAAUGGCUUUAGAUGGCAUCAUUUUUGAGGGAGCACCAGUGAAAGUUAGGAGGCCUAGUGAUUACAAUCCUUCUCUUGCUGCAACACUUGGACCAAGUCAACCUAGUCAACUUUUGAACCUUGCGGCUGUUGGGCUAUCACCGGGGUCUGCUGGUGUUCUUGAGGGGCCUGAUUGCAUCUUUGUUGGUGGCCUUCCAUAUUACUUUACAGAAGUGCAAAUAAGAGAGCUGUUAGAGUCUUUUGGGCCUCUUCGAGGAUUUGAUCUAGUCAAAGACAGAGAAACAGGGAACUCCAAAGGCUAUGCCUUUUGUGUGUAUCAAGAUGUCUCAGUCACAGAUAUAGCUUGUGCAGCUCUUAAUGGAAUUCAAAUGGGUGAUAAAACUCUAACGGUUAGGCGUGCAAACCAAGGAACAACCCAGCCUAGGCCUGAGCAAGAGAAUGUAUUAUUACAGGCACAAGAACAGGUGGCGUUGCAGAGGUUUGUCUUCCGAGCUGGUUCCCUUCCUACGAAGGUUGUAUGCUUAGCCCAAGUUGUUAGCGCAGAUGAACUAAAAGAUGACGAAGAGUACGAGGACAUAGUGGAAGAUAUGAAAACGGAGGGUGGAAAAUAUGGUUCAUUGAUGAGUGUUAUCAUCCCACGUCCAAUGGCCAAUGGCGAACCAUCUCCUGGAGUUGGCAAGGCUUUCUUAGAAUUUUCUGACACGGAUGGCGCUUUGAAGGCUCAAGCAGGGCUGAAUGGAAGGAAAUUUGGUGGGAAUCAAGUGGUAGCGGUCUAUUAUCCUGAAAAUAAAUUCUCGCAGGGGGAAUAUGAUGCAUAUAUCUACUGAUGUUGUCACCUUGUAUGUUUUUUCUCGCUGCACUUGAGCUAGCUAACCGGAAUUUUUAAAUAGAGUUUUAAAUUUUGAUUUGGUAAAUAGGGUUUUUUUAAAUUUUGUCAGGAUAUGUAUGAAGUGUUCUUUUAAACAAAUAUGUUGCAAUUUCA